GGCGCCCCCGCGGCGGCGCGGCUGCAUCAGCGCUGACGUGAGGCCGACGCGCGGCUCCGCCCGGUCCUCGGUCCCCCCCACCCCCUGUGACGGGGGCAGCACGUACAGGGCGGCGGUGCAGGGUUUGGUAGGAGAGAAAGGGAGACGAAGAGAACCGAACUCUUGUUUUAAAAUUCACACCUUCCGUUAUGACUAAGUGUGCCAAGAGAUAUCGAAAAGGAACUGUCAGACAAAUGACCAUGGAAAUGGUUGAACAGGAUGACAAUGCAGUGGAUUCUAUGACAGAGGGAAAUACUGGUCACCUUCAGAAUCAGUCAGGCCGAAGUCAGAUUUCCUCAGGAUCUGAGGUUUCUGUAGCUGCUUCAAGUGCUGGAAGAGGAUCUCCAGCUGUAACUCUAGUGCAGUUGCCUUCUGGUCAAACUGUUCAUGUCCAGGGUGUCAUUCAAGCCACACAGCCCUCAGUCAUUCAGUCACCACACAUGCAAGCUGUUCAGGUAGCAUCGAUUGCAGAUGAAGCUGCAGUAUCAGAAGUGGUAAUUGAUUCCCAAAAACGUAGGGAAAUACUUUCAAGAAGGCCUUCAUACCGAAAAAUUUUGAAUGAACUCUCAUCAGAUGCUCCUGCAGUAGCAAAGAUUGAAGAAGAAGAGAAGUCAGAAGAUGAAGGAACUCCUUCUGGUAUUUCUGCCAUGGCCAUGCCAACCAGCCUGUAUCAUACUAACACAGGGCAAUACCUUACUAUAUCUCAAGGUGGUACAAUCCAGACAGUGACAAAUUCAGGAGCUCCUCAGCCGGGUGCUACCAUUGUGCAAUAUGCAGGACAGUCAUCUGAUGGCACACAACAGUUUUUUGUUCCUGGAAGCCAAGUUGUUGUUCAAGCUGCCACUGGAGACAUGCCAGCUUACCAGAUUCGAACUCCCACUACCACCUUACCUCAGGGAGUGGUCAUGGCAGCCUCACCAGGGACUUUGCAUAGUCCUCAGCAAAUGGCAGAAGAGGCAACACGCAAGAGAGAGCUGAGACUUUUGAAAAAUAGGGAAGCUGCCAGAGAAUGUCGCAGAAAGAAGAAAGAAUAUGUCAAAUGUCUUGAAAAUCGUGUGGCUGUGCUUGAAAACCAAAACAAGACUCUCAUUGAGGAACUCAAGGCCCUCAAAGAUCUUUAUUGUCAUAAAGCAGAAUAACUGUCUUUCAUUUGGACCUCGUUUAUUAUGAACUUUAAUCAAGGCAUGAGAGGAAGCAAUUCUACAGAUUGCCAUAUGAACUUGAGAAAGAGACACUUGAGGCCCUUGUGGAACCCAGUUUUGCUUAGUGUUGUCAGACUGAUUUGGGAGAUAUUCCAAAAUUUGGAAUUCUGUCAUAGUCUCCAUACUCUGCUGAGCUUUCUAAUGGCAUGCAAAUGGCUUUUUUGUUUGCACUUUUUACUUCUGCUUUUUGCAGGGAAGCUGCUAAAGAAUGUCGACGUCGGAAGAAAGAAUACAUAAAAUGUCUGGAGAGUCGUGUUGCAGUGCUAGAAGUUCAGAACAAGAAACUUAUACAGGAGCUUGAAACCCUAAAAGACAUUUGCUCUUCCAAAACAGAUUAGUAAAAAUAUUUAUUAUACUGUGAAUUAAGAUAUGUCCAGUUGCUUUAUAAGACAAUACAUAGCCAAUGUGAAUUAUGGCUUUCUCUUUGUGUCAUUUAUAUUAUAUUCCAACUCCUAACAUUCCUGAAUGCUUUCCUGCUUUUUGUCAAUUCAUAGCUCUAAUUUCAGGUUUUUCAUGCUCCUCCCUUCCGUCUCCCAAGGAGCCAAAUGUUAAAAAAUAUAUCAGAGUAAAAAAGCGCAUAAUUUCUAAGAGCUGUUUCUUUGCCAUAUAUUUACAUACUACUUUUUACAUGUUACUGAGUGUCCUGCACAUAGAAAAUAUUUUACAACUGUUUUAGAUGAAUUAUAAAGAUGAUGCAUCCAGUAAUAUGAGAAAAUCAAACCACCCAAGGUAUCUCAGGAAAGAGUUUAUAAAAGAAUGUUAUGAUUAUAUGUAUGUAUACUGGCAUACUAGUCUACAGAUGAUUUUAUGGCAUAUUUUUAUAUUAGUUGCUUUGUGGAAAAAAAGUAUUGUAUUGCUGUCACUGAGUGCCAUGGUUAAAGAUAGUUUUUAAUAGAACCAUGUUGUUUAA